GACAUACUGCCAUACAUCCUGAGACAGACGCUUUAAUUACGUUGUGUUAAAUAAAUUUCUAUAAUAUUUGCUUACGAUAACUAUAAGUUCGUAAUAAUAACUUCCUAUUUUUAAUAUAAAUUUUAAUUAGGUAUACAAAAAUUAAAAAUAUUACUUGCUAUUUUAGGAAGGACAGAAAAUGUCUGGCAUUGCAAGUGCACGUUUAGCAGAAGAAAGGAAAGCUUGGCGGAAGGAUCAUCCCUUUGGUUUUGUAGCUAGACCAAUGAAGAAUCCAGAUGGCUCUUUGAAUCUUAUGACUUGGGAGUGUGCUAUUCCCGGAAAAAAAGGGACACCUUGGGAAGGCGGUCUAUAUAAAUUACGGAUGAUCUUUAAAGAUGAUUAUCCUUCAAGUCCACCAAAAUGCAAAUUUGAGCCACCAUUAUUCCACCCAAAUGUCUAUCCAUCAGGAACAGUAUGCUUGUCACUUCUAGAUGAGGAGAAAGAUUGGCGCCCUGCCAUCACAAUUAAACAGAUCCUCCUUGGUAUCCAAGACCUACUCAAUGAACCAAAUGUCAAAGAUCCUGCACAAGCUGAGGCAUAUACAAUUUACUGUCAAAAUAGGUUAGAAUAUGAUAAAAGAGUUCGAGCACAGGCACGCGCAAUGGCUGCCACUGAAUGAAUCUUGCAGAAACAUCAGGAGGAAUAUUGGCCGUGGUGCUGUCAUGGUCAUCUCGCUAAGUGGCAGGAGACUAACAAAACUGAACUUCAUAAUAGCCACUGGAUGUUUAAUUGGCUAUUUAUAUGUUCAUUAUAAAAAAAUAAAUGGAAUAUUUAUUACAUUGUCAAGAUAUACUGUGAAUCUCUGGAGAUUAUUGACAUUGCUCUUUCAAUCAUAGCUUUGUUCUGAAAAAGUAUGCACAAUCUUAGUUUUUAUAAUUAUGAUGAUACCUAUGUAACCUUGCUUGCUGUAUUGAAAAGUACCAACUAUAAUUAAUUCAAAUAUGGAAUAUAUUACAAAUACCGUGAAAAUCAGUGUUCUACUAUUCUGGUUACAUUUAAUACAGAAUGCAAUAUAAGUAAAUAAAUAAUGUUAAUAUUUAUUUAAGUAAGUAUGAUUUAUUUUUCUCACUUGUACAAUCAUAUUACUAUAAUUAUUUUCUUUGAUAUAUAUCAUAUACUAUUAAGCACCUGAAUUAUGAAAUAGAUUAAUUUUCAAGUGGGCAUAUUACAACAUUGUCUACUAAUCUCCUGUCACAAAGUUUCAUACUUUAGAAAGAGUCAUUGUACCCUUGAAUUAUGUGUGUCCUAAACUGUGGUAGGGAUACAGUAAUUCAUUAAUACUUAUUUCUAUGUAAUAAAGUAUUCUAAUUACAAUGUCUGUCU